AUGGUCACCGAGAACACUCCGAAAGCCCCCACCUUCAUCAACCUGACCACCAACAAUGGCUCCCUGGCUCAAAUUUGGCUAGCGUCCAACAUGUCGCACUCAUUGUCCAAGAGCGUCUCUCAGCACACAAAUAUCAUUGAGUCCGUCGAGGAAAUUGCUCGUGUCGCUGGCUGUUCACUUGAUAGUGAAAACGUCGAGCCCAUCACAUUGCGGGCCUCAGGUGAACUGUUGCACGGUAUAGUCCGCGUAUAUUCGAAAAAAACCUCGCUACUUCUAACCGAUAUCAAGGAUACUUUAACCAGGAUGACAACACUAUUCAAAUCUGCUCCUUCAAAUAUGACACUUCAAAUAGAACGAACUACACUGCUCCAUCCUAGUCAAUAUCUCCUGCAAGACGCAGUUACAGAACGAGAAGUUCUACAGAUUCCAGGUUUAGAAUUCUUAAAUGAGCAAGCCAUUCCAAGAGGAUUUAUGGAAUAUGAGAGAUCGAUGCACAGACAUGUCCAGGGAGCAGCUCCUUGGGAUUCUUCAAUUGAGGUCGGAAGAAAUGCGCCACAUGUUGAUGAGCUGGGCCAUAACCAAUCAUCAGUCCUGGAUCUAGAUUUUGAUAUUGACGAUACAGACACGAGGGCAGUUGGAGAGGGCACCAAUACUACCAUCAAUAAGUCCAACCAGACGGCAGGUAGUGCAAAUAUUCAGGAAGACGAUUUUCCCGUCGAUGACCACCUCGACUGGGAUUUAGGAAUUCAAGAUCAAUCUGUGGCUAACGCCAGCGAAUCCGGCGCUGACAGAUCCCUGGAAUUGGGCAGAAGAGCUGUAGGUGAACAGCUCGAACAGGAACAUACCGAAUUUGAUUUUGAUUUGGGUCUGGAAAAGGAUGUUGACGACGCAGCAAUGGAAGCGGAAGCUGAAGGCGAAGAGGAACUAGGGCCCGCAAGGUCCUCCGUUCUAACACCUCUUGAAUCCCAGCCCCUCAAUCAGGAUUUGUCGCAAUUAAAACAACUGAAAGUUGACCGCGAUACAGAACUAAGAGACGAAAUUGUCAAAACUUCGCAUGCGGCCUUGAAUUCUCAAAUUCAGGACCAUGCGGAUAGCUCACACGAACAAGUAAGACCACUCAAAAGGCUGUGGGUUCAAAUUGGAGAAAAGACUGACUACAUGCCUGGAGCAAUAUUGGAAAAUCUUCUUUCCUACCAUAAUAUCAAGAAGCAGCGGGCUUCCCAGAGGGCGCCUGAGUUGCUUGAGGAAGAUCCUCAAUUCGACCAAUCUCUCGGGUUGGGGACUGAAUUGUUGUCCAGUCCUGAUGCUGAACGCCCACUACAUGAAGAAAACGAAGAUGAUUUGGCAACUCUAUGGGAAGGCGAUCAGAACCUGGAAAACGCGGAACCAGAAGCGGAGGAUGAGAUGGUAAACGGAACCAGGAGCUCCAUAGACGUGGAGCAAGACUCGAGCUUUCAGACAACAUCUCAAGAGGGAGAAAGGCCCUCUACUAAUGUCCGUCUCACGACCGGAGAAUAUGUAUCCCGAGACCUAGAUCAAAUGGCUGAGAAGCUAAAAACUAGUUUCCUUGAUACCGAUGCCAUGACGUUUUCGAGCUGUCUAGCUUUGACUCAAGAAGGAGAUUUACCGACGAAGAAGGAUGCCAGCAAAGCCUUUUUUGAGCUUCUUUCGCUCGCCAACAUGGGCUGUGUGGAGCUAGACCAACAGACUAACUUUGGACAGAUCGAUAUAGCCAGUCGGUCGUCACUAUAUAGCAAGUUUGCUAUAGCAUAA